AUUCAACUCAUCUGGAAUGACCAAUCCAGAAUUGUUCCAGAGGCCUAUUGUCAAAAUGGUAUCCAACAAGAUCGCCAUCGCCACCGUAUCCCUAGGCCAACAUGCCACCCACACCCUCGACCAAAAGAUCCUUGCCGCAGCACAGCAUGGCUUCGCCGGUAUCGAGCUCGUAUAUCCUGAUCUGAGCGCCUAUGCCGAGACAAACAAUCUGUCCAUAUCUACAGCCGCAGAGACCAUCAAAGAACUCUGCGCCAACCACAAACUGGCAAUCGUCUCACUCGCGCCCUUCGAGAACUUCGAGGGCUCCUCCACGCCGCUGGAGAAGCGGCUCGAGACCGCAAAGCACUGGGUCGGCAUUGCUAGAAAGCUCGGUGCUCUUUAUCUCCAGAUUCCAUCACACUACAAGGCUGAGGAAUCGGCCGGCGACGAGGCACUGCGUAUUUCGGAUUUGCAGAAACUCGCAGAUAUUGGCAGCGCGGAGCAGCCCGUCGUGUCAAUCGCCUACGAAGCAUUGUCCUGGGGAACAUAUUAUUCCACAUGGGAAGACUCGCUAUAUGUAGUGGAACAGGUAAGCCGCUCAAACUUCGGCCUGUGUCUGGACAAUUUCCACGUCAUCACGAAGCUAUGGGCCAGUCCGUUUGAAGCAUCCGGCAAACUCCCCAACGCUGAUAAUGACCUGGCACAAUCUCUCCGUCGAUUCAAAGACCACUGCCCACUCGACAAAAUCUUCUACCUACAAUUCUCCGACGGAGAACGCUUCGAUCCACCUUUUUCCAACAAACAUCCGUGGUAUCUACAAGGCGAGGCGCCGGAAUUCACCUGGUCUAAACAUGCUCGGCCGUUUCCGUUGGAGUCGGAAUUGGGUGGGUAUAUGCCUGUCGUGGAUGUUGCUAGGACGUGGAUUGUUGACGCUGGGUUUGAGGGGUGGGUGUCGUUGGAGGUGUUUGAUCGGAGGAUGAGGGAGGAGGGGUUUUCGGUGGAAACUGCUGCGAGGAGGGGGAUUGAGUCGUGGGGGAAGCUUAAGGUGGAAUUAGAGAAGACGUCGCUUUAGGAUUACUGAGUGAUGUAAAUACACUGUUAUAAUAUGACUCAUGCCCC